GGUAGAAGCUAAUACUCAACAAUACGGAUGCCUUGUUUUUUUUGCUCUGUCCGGACCGCAACGCUGUAGCCAAUUUAGAUAUGCUAUAAAUUUAAGAGGUUGCCAUGGCCACGGCGCGCCCAUUGGCCGCUGGGCCCCCUACGUGCCGCGCCACGUCACCAAAUCUGAAUAAGGAUGCGCGAAUUAGGCGGCGGCCAGACAAAGAUGAGGAUCGGGACCGCUUGAAAGUGGGGGAAAGUGCCGGCGCCUUCGCCACCGGGGAAAGCCGCCCGGCAGUGCCGAGGCCAGCAGCCACCGGAGACACCUGGGGGAGCCCGGAACAGGCGCCGGGGCGCGCGCAACUGGGGCAUGAGGUUGUGAACGCUACCCCCCACCAACCCACUCUGGGCAGCCCAGAGCCAGGCCAGAGAUCGUCCAAGGACUUGACUGGCUGAGUCUAGGUCCGGACCGGACUCGCCGGGAGGCGGCGGCGACAAGAGGCGGAGAACAGUCGCGGGGCCCCGAGGCCCAAGGGCCAGCGGCCCCUAGGGACGGCGAGGCGGCCGGAGCCGCCAGGGCUCGGGGCUAUGAUGGUGCACUGUGCCGGUUGCGAGCGGCCCAUCCUCGACCGCUUUCUGCUGAACGUGCUGGACCGCGCGUGGCACAUCAAAUGUGUUCAGUGCUGCGAGUGCAAAACCAACCUCUCGGAGAAGUGCUUCUCGCGCGAGGGCAAGCUCUACUGCAAAAAUGACUUCUUCAGGCGUUUCGGCACAAAGUGUGCAGGAUGCGCACAGGGCAUCUCCCCCAGCGACCUGGUGCGCAAAGCCCGGAGCAAAGUCUUCCACCUCAACUGCUUCACCUGCAUGGUGUGCAACAAGCAGCUGUCCACGGGUGAAGAGCUCUACGUCAUCGAUGAGAACAAGUUUGUGUGCAAAGAUGACUACCUGAGCUCCUCCAGCCUCAAGGAGGGCAGCCUCAACUCGGUGUCAUCCUGUACGGACCGCAGUUUGUCCCCGGACCUCCAGGACCCCCUGCAGGACGACCCCAAGGAGACGGACAACUCGACCUCGUCGGACAAAGAGACGGCCAACAACGAGAACGAGGAGCAGAACUCGGGCACCAAGCGGCGCGGCCCGCGCACCACCAUCAAAGCCAAACAGCUGGAGACGCUCAAGGCCGCCUUCGCCGCCACGCCCAAGCCCACACGCCACAUCCGCGAGCAGCUGGCUCAGGAGACUGGCCUCAACAUGCGUGUCAUCCAGGUGUGGUUUCAGAACCGACGGUCCAAAGAACGCCGGAUGAAACAGCUGAGCGCGCUGGGCGCCCGGAGACACGCCUUCUUCCGGAGUCCACGGCGCAUGCGUCCGCUGGGGGGCCGCUUGGACGAGUCCGAGAUGUUGGGGUCCACCCCGUACACCUACUAUGGAGACUACCAAGGCGACUACUACGCGCCGGGAAGCAACUACGACUUCUUCGCGCACGGCCCGCCGUCGCAGGCGCAGUCCCCGGCCGACUCCAGCUUCCUGGCUGCCUCGGGGCCCGGCUCGACGCCGCUGGGCGCACUGGAGCCGCCGCUCGCCGGCCCGCACGCCGCCGACAACCCCAGGUUCACCGACAUGAUCUCGCACCCGGACACGCCGAGCCCCGAGCCGGGGCUGCCCGGCGCGCUGCACCCCAUGCCCGGCGAGGUGUUCAGCGGCGGGCCCAGCCCGCCCUUCCCCAUGAGCGGCACCAGCGGCUACAGCGGACCCCUGUCGCAUCCUAACCCCGAGCUCAAUGAGGCCGCCGUGUGGUAAGGCCGCGGCCGGGCCGCCCUGCGCACGGCCCCCGGGGCGCAGCCCGGACGCAGCCUCCGAAACCAAAACGCCCGACGCGGACGCGGCCCGGAUCUCCCUCAGGGGUUCUCUCUCGGGUCCGCACUCAACUGGAAGCUGCUCCUCGGCUGGGCGCCGAGGGGGGCCGACCCCCAUCUGCACCCCGGGGGCUCUCCAGCUUCAGCCAGCCGCCCGCCAGCGCUCUCCAGGCAGCCGUGAGCAAUUUCUUGGGACCAAAGUCGAUAUUCUGGAGGGUCAAGAGAUUCCAAGCACGCUCUGGAUCCCGGCCCCCACCCUCCCACCAGCUCUUUGGACGGAGAGGGGGUGAGGCCAGGGGUGGAGACGGAGGGUUUUUUUCCCCCUCCCUCUCUCUCUGCAAUCCGAGUGGCAUUUUGUAAUCUCAUUUCUCGCUCUGCUUUCUCCAUCUUUAAAAUUUUUUUUGAUAAGAAAAAGGAGAGAUUGAAAGGGAGAGAGAGAGAGAGAUGAGGAAAGCGUCAGGCAGAGAGAGAAGAUGGAGAGGGCGAUCCAGAGAGGCACACACUCCAUCAGGGGGACCCGUGGAGACAGAGCCACCUGCAGGCUGGCGCCCCCUGGUGGCCAAUACGAAGGCUCAAGGUCAGCUCUUCCAGGAUGUGGGGCUGUCGGGAUGUGGCCAGCGGGGCCAGCUCCCUGCCCUUCCUUACUUUGACAUUAAUUUUGAGCCUGGGGGUCCAGGUUGGACUCGAACACCGCCCACUUCUGCCCCUGGGCGAGGCACCAAGUUGCUGGGCUCUGGCCCGCAGACCACCCUCCCUGCCCCGGGGCCUGGAGUUGGGCCGUCAGGAUGUAUAAUAUUAUACUUUUUUGGAAGUCGAACGCUUCUAGUUUCCUUAUUUUGUAUAAAGAAGAAACAAAUAAAGUAUGUUUUUGUGUUUACUGUU